UUGGGAUUUCGCGUUGUAGCUGGGCAGUCGCCACUGAAAAUAUCGUCUGUAGCGGAGCGCUUCAGUCAACGGCUCUGCCAAACAGAAUCUUCGCGAACUAUUUUUGACAUACAAAGUAUAAAGAAAAAAAACCCAUGAAAACCGUGAAAAUAAUUCGCAAAGAUUCAAUCGUGUCAAUAAUGUAUUACAGUAUUAUCAAGAAUUCUAUUUUUGAAUUAUCAUCAUCAACCUCCCGAGCGUGAUGUCCGAGUCAAUGAUAACAGCCAGAAUAUAAUGUAUCGAACAAAUAAUGGGCAAAUACGAAGAGGCGAUGCGGACGAUCUUCGGCAAGAUAGAUCGGCCAGUGUACGGCAAGCUGGUCCCAUUCAUACACCGAUGACUGUUGCUGAACAAUUCAAGGAAUCCUGGCUGACCGCUAUAAUUGGAUCAAUACUUUUCGCUGCAGGAAUGUUGCUGCUCUUCUGGAAUGAGGGUCGUGCAGUUCGAACGGCACACUCAUUAGAUGAAGCUUUACAUAAUGUAGUACCGUUAAUGAACACAAAACACGUAUUAUCAGAAAACGAAGGCAGGUUGGUGCAUUUUUACGGACCUCUCAAAAUAUUAGAACCUUUGACGGAACCAGACUAUGGAAUUGUAAUAGCGAGUGUCAAGCUGAAAAGACGAGUCCAGAUGUAUCAGUGGAUUGAGAUUGAGGAGGAACGUAGCUUCGGGGGUGUGACUGAAGAUGAAAAGCACUAUUACUACACUAUGGAAUGGAAAGACAAGCUGGUAGAUUCUGACCAAUUCUACAUCAGGACAGGGCAUCACAAUCCCAAAGUCAUGCCUGUGAAAAGUCAGGUUCAAAUUGCUAAUGAGAUCCGAAUCGGAGCUUUAACUCUUGGGGAAGAACUGAAAAAAAAGUUUAACGACUUCGUUGAAGUAACCAGUGAUGAAAGGCCUGAACGGAAAGACAUAAAACUACACUCUGGUCUUUACUAUCACAGCGCAGACUUAUGGAAUCCCCAGAUUGGGGACAUCAGAAUUCAGUUCUCUUACGCUGGAAAGGGUGGAGACGUUUAUUCUGUUGUUGGAAUGCAAGUUAAUGGCGUUAUAGUCCCAUACAUGACAACUCAUGGGGAAGAAAUUUUGCUACAAAGAAAGGAUAGGAUUCCCGUUGACCAAAUGUUCCACCUGGAACACGUCCACAACUAUUGGCGCACUUGGGCAAUAAGAGGUCUUGGGUGGCUGGUGCUCUUCCUGGCAGCUACUUGCCUCGCCAAUAUAAUUCGUACUCUUGUUUUGAAUUCUACAUUUUUGUGCGGCGUUAUUGCUAUUGAAUCUGUGAAUAUCUCAGUCUCAAUGUCCAUCAGUUUGUUAGUCAUCGGUUUUGCUUGGGUCUGGUAUAGACCCAUCAUCGGAUUAUGCCUCGCCCUUGCUUCCAUUGUGCCAUUUGUCUACUCUACAAUUGUUUCCGGACACCAAGGACAACAGCGUGACAAUUACAGAAGACUCUAAAUGACAGUUCUGUGCAUUACAUAACAAGUAAUCAGAAGUAAUCCAUGAUACUUAGUAAGUGGAUUUGUUUCUCAGUUUGUGAUAACGUUAAACAUAGUGUGCUGUGUGAUUAUCGUGUUUCAUCAAUUCUUUUCAUAGUAUUAAAGUCUGUCAAAAUAA